GGCAUGCAGGCGCGGCGUCUAGCCAAGCGCUCCAGCCUGGGCAGCCGCCGGGGGAACGCCGCGCUGCAGCCGCCAGGCCCCGCGCCCGCCCGGGAAGGCGCGCUGCCCGGGCUCCCGCUUCCCGCCCCGGCCCCGGCCCCGGCGCCGGCCCCAGCCCCGGUCCCGGAGAGCUGGAGGCCGCCACUGCCGCCGCCGCGCAGCGCCGGGACCGGCCCCCCUCGGGCCGCCGGGGCCGCCGCCGCCGCCUCGUCUCCGGUGCUGCUGCUUCUGGGGGAGGAAGACGAGGACGAAGAGGGCGGGAGCAGGCGGCGGAGGGGGCUCGGGCGGGUGCAGCCGAAGCCCCGAGGGGGCGCGGAGGAGGAGGAUGACGACGAGGAAGACGAGGACGAGGAGGUGGUCGUCGAGGUGGUGGACGGCGACGACGACGACGAGGACGGCGAGGAGCGCUUCGUGGCCCUCGGCCCCGGCCGCCAGCUCCCCAAGGGCCCGGGCCGGGGAGCAUUGAAGGUGGGGAGCAUUAAGCGGGAAAUGGCCUUCACAUUUCAACCAGAGGACUUAAAACGUGACUCUAGUAAAAAACUGUCUCAUCAACACUUGUUCCCCUUGGCCAUGGAGGAGGAUGUGAAAACAGCAGACACCAAAAAAGUCAACCGAGUCCUUGACCAUGAAAAAGAAAACACUCGCUCCAUCUGUCUCCUUGAACAAAAACGAAAAGUUGUUUCUUCCAAUAUUGACGUUCCUCCAGCAAGGAAAUCCUCAGAGGAACUGGACAUGGACAAGGUGACAGCAGCGAUGGUACUAACCAGCUUGUCCACCAGCCCUUUGGUUCGGAGCCCUCCUGUGCGGCAGAACGAGGGCCUGAGCGGAUCGUGGAAGGAGGGAGGCGGCGUGCCUUCCAGCACGAGCAGCAGCGGCUACUGGAGCUGGAGCGCCCCCAGCGACCAGUCCAACCCGUCCACGCCGUCGCCGCCGCUGUCCGCCGACAGCUUCAAGCCCUUCCGCAGCCCCGCGCCCCCGGACGAUGGCAUCGACGAGGCGGAGGCCAGCAACCUUCUCUUUGACGAGCCCAUUCCCAGGAAACGAAAGAACUCCAUGAAGGUGAUGUUCAAAUGCCUCUGGAAAAACUGUGGGAAGGUUCUGAGCACUGCAGUGGGUAUGCAGAAGCACAUCCGGACCAUUCAUCUUGGGCGUGUUGGGGAGUCUGACUACAGUGAUGGAGAAGAAGACUUUUACUACACUGAGAUCAAGCUCAACACAGACUCGGUGGCAGACGGACUGAGCAGCCUGGCCCCGGUUUCGCCCUCCCAGUCCCUGGCUUCGCCUCCUACUUUCCCCAUCCCAGAUUCCAGCAGAACAGAAACUCCUUGUGCCAAAACUGAGACAAAAUUGAUGACACCCUUGAGCCGCUCUGCUCCCACCACCCUCUACCUCGUGCACACCGACCACGCUUACCAGGCCACGCCCCCUGUGAACAUUCCAGGAUCGGCCAAGUUCACCCCCAAUGGCAGCAGCUUCAGCAUUUCUUGGCAGUCUCCUCCAGUUACCUUCACAGGCAUUCCAGUGUCACCAACCCACAGUCACCCAGUGGGCACAGGAGAGCAGAGACAGCACACUCACACCGUCUUGUCCUCCCCACCCAGAGGGACGGUCAGCCUAAGGAAGCCCCGGGGAGAGGGCAAGAAGUGCCGGAAGGUGUACGGCAUGGAGAACCGUGACAUGUGGUGCACGGCCUGCCGCUGGAAGAAGGCCUGCCAGCGGUUCAUUGACUAACGCACAGGCCCCUGAUCGUUGCCCAGACACUCCUGCCCUUGACUUGUGCUGGGGGUGUUGGAAAGCGCUUUUCCUUCUGAAUAAAACACACUUGAAACCCAGGGAAAGCACUUCCGGGAACCUUGGUGAAAUCACAGCAAAAAACAAAAAAGGUCACCACCCUCACUGUUCUUGCUGAGAACCCAGCCGAGAGCAGCUGUAACUACUUUUUUCCUUAAAAAUUCAACUUUUUUUUUUUUUUUUCCUGUAUGUUUAGCUCUGAAAACUAUGGACUUCUGUAGCAGUCGAACCAACCAAGCCCAUUUUUCCUGGAAAGGAGGCCUAUUUUGAUAACCUUUCUGGAUAAUGCCGUUUCUGAGGUUUUUUGGUGGUUUUUUUUUGACACUUAAAAAAAAAAGCUACAUGUUAUUCAGUAGCAUUUGUACAAAGAGCGAUACCUGUUUUCAUUGUGAAUAGUCUUUUGCCUGUUCUCCAUCGGACUUCUGGGAGCAGUACACAUCACGAUGUGUUGCCAGGAAACGGCAGCACUCUGGGUAUCUUUUCUAUGUCUUUUUUGUUUGUUUGUUUUGUUUUAAAGAAUGGCCCCAAACUGAACCACGGUAGAGCCGUUAGCUUGAAGGGCCCAGGAGGGCAUAAGCUUGAAAAGAGACUGACAAUGGACAUCACCAGCAGACUUCAGCCCCAGCUGAGUUCAGGACAUCCCGCUGUCACUGUUGGGAAACGUCUGGGAGUCUUCCUCGGAAGCCUUCCCUGAGGGGUGGCCUGGCCCACUCUCUCCCGGCCACAAUGCACUCAAGACCUGGCACACAUUGCCAUCUGGGUAAGCCUCAAAGCUUCCUUCAGGGAUGCGACGCCAGCCAUAGCUCGGAUCUCUUCAUCACUGCUUAUCUGACAGUUGUUGCCAGGUCAGUGGCUCAUCAGGCCUUCCUUCCCUCAAAACGCCACCGCUGACUAUUUUCAGAAAAGGUAGAGAACUCCAGACCAUCCCGGCGGGCGUGCUUUAUUCACACAGCAGAGCACAGCCUCCACGUACCUAUGUGUUCAGAAAGUUAUGUGAGGUCAGCAUCCAUUCUGAGUGCACUUUUAUAGGUUUUAUGCUUUAGCAUGUCUGGGAGAUGGGUUAAUGAACAAUAUAAAGAUUAUAUGGGGAAAAGGAAGGUCCAAACCUUUAUUUUUCUUAUCAAAAUAUUGGAGCUAUUCAUUAAGAAUUUGCUCAGAAGGGAAGAUACAGAACACCAAAAGGAAAAUGCGUGUUGGUAUAGGAAUCUCUCAAUUUAAUAGGACCAGGGCUUGCACUGUGUUCCAUUUAUUAGACUUUCUAGCGUGGUAUUUGUUUGUUUGUCUGUCUUGGUGGUAGUGGUGCGGGGACAGGGGAGUAGUUGUCAAGCCCUGUGAAUAAGCUCAUUCUCUGUCUACCCUACUCUUGAUUGCCCUGCUAAAGUUAUUCCUCCUAUACCUAUGCAAAGAAGCAAGAGCACCUUAUAGGAUGCACUGUGUCGGGACGGGGGCCUAGGAUUAGCCAUAGGAAUGUUAAAUGAAAUUGCACAGAGCAAAGUUUAAUAUAUUUAGAGAUUGUACAUAUGCUUUUCUUUGAAAGAGUAGAAAGAAGUCAUCUAGUCAUAAGAGCUGUCCUCUUUUUUUUUUUUAAUAAGCAAGGGAAAAAGAAGGAGGUUCUACAGUGUAACAUCUGCAAUCUGUGCAUUCGUAUAUUUUGGCAAUUUUAUUUUUUAAACUCUCACGUGACAUUGGAAGCAUUAUUCCUUGAAAGAGAUCCUGUUUCCCUCCUUCAUUUAUUUUUUUCUUUAAAAACACUUAUUUUAAGAGCAGAGAAAGAGCUUCAUUUAAUAUCACAUCGUGAUUACCAAUCAAUACAGCACCAGCUAUAAUGUAUGUUUGAGCACUAAAAGUCAGCCAGGAAAGGGUUUUUAAGUGCAGAAACGUAUUUGCAUCCUCUACCCCAGCCUGUCUUUUCUCCUCCCUGGUGUCUUGUAGCUUCACCCACAAGCGUCUCUGCGGGGAGGUGAUGCUCUGGCCUGGUCCAGAUGGCCCUGCACUGUGGCUGGAUUGCCCAGUGGCCACGGUGAGUCCAAGGCUGGUCAGCCAUUUCAGCAGGCUCACCGUGGAUUUCAGUGAUGGUCGGGGUGCAGUAGUGGAGCAGAGGGUUUUCUCUUCAGCAAAGUUCCAUGGCCCUUGAUCCUUGGAUUAAGUCACUAAUCAAAAGAGAUUAAAGUGACGAGGGGCUCAAUCCAUCCCCUACUCCCAGAACUUUGGGACACAAGGAGGGAGAGAUGGAGGCUGUGGAGCAGUUCUAGAGUGAGGCUCUGUGGCUCUGACCCCAGAGGUACAGCCCAUGACUAGUGCUAGGCUCUGGCCUGGUUGCAAGGGUAUUAGCCAAUGCACCGAUACAAGCAAAGGGUAGAACUGGAUGCAGCUUCCUUGUGAUUUCUUCUCCUUUCUAAAGCCUUCUUCACACACACUCUCUGCAUCUCACACUCACGCGGGGCUCCUUUCUGCUGGCCAGCCCGGGGCUCUCUGUGUCCUCUUCUCUAGCUCUGAGGUGGGCACAGACCCUCAGUACUUUCUGCACACAGACACUGAUUCCCUGUACCAAGGCAUGUAAUGACUAAGGAACUACCAGGCUUCACCUGCCUGGCCUUGAAGAAAAGGGAUGAAACUUCUUUUAAGCCACCCAGAAAGCUACAAAUUGCAAUAUAAAGCACUGAUUAUAAAUGCUAAAAUUAAAAAAAAAUGUAGAGCUAUUUUGUUACAUUUUGGAACUAAAUGAAGUGCAAAGUUAAGUCCAAGUUUUUUUUAAUGCCUCCUCUUUUUUUUUUUUUAAAGAUUUUCUGAUGUGGACCAUUUUUAAAGUCUUUAUUUAAUUUGUUACAGUAU